AUGGAUCGUGGUCAGAAGUAUAAGAACGAGGGCAAGGAUCAGAAUGAGAUGCGUCGUCGACGCGACCCAAUGGAUGCCAAGCUACUCGCCAUUGCUGCCUCCGAUUCCUCACAUCCGGAGGAGCAGUUGGCCGCUGUUAAGAAGGUGCGUGAAUUGAUUUCACUUGAGAAUGCGCCAGUCGAAACACUGAUAAACAACGGAAUGCUGCCCAUUCUAGUUGAGUGCAUCAAACCCUUUAAUUCGCCACAAUUGCAGCUCGAAGCUGUCUGGACAUUGACAAACAUUGCUUCAGGACCAUCUGAACUAACACAUAAAGUGGCCACCUCGGGAGCUGUGCCCAUAUUAGUUAAUCUGCUUAGUGCAGGUGACUUUAAGGUAGCCGAUCAAGCCAUUUGGGCAUUGGGCAACAUUAUUGGCGACGGGCCCGAGAAACGAGACUUUGUACUUGGCUUUGGCCUCAUUCAGCCAAUCCUUAACCUGGUAGAGGCUGAGCUUCCAAUUAGUUUUGUACGCAACAUUGCCUGGGUGAUUGGGAACAUAUCUAGAAAAUGGGAGCCCGUGGUAUCGCAACAGAUUACAAUGGAGAUUCAGCCUGCAUUGAAAGUGCUGCUCGAAUACACUGACGUUCAGGUGGUGAGGGACACAAUAUGGGCCAUCAAUAACAUUACAGAAGACAAAGAUCGCAUCCAGAUCAUCGUCGAGAGUGGCAUUGUGCCCAAGAUCGUGAGUCUGGUCGGCAGCAACGUUGUAUCUAUAAAGUGUGCUGCCGUGAAUUGUCUUGGCAACAUUGUAACUGGAACCGAUGAGCAGACGCAAGCGGUGCUUGAUUCCAAUAUUCUAUCGUACUUUCCAACACUCUGCUUGCAUCCUGAUAUGCAACUGCGCAGGAACAUUAUGUGGUUUCUAUCGAAUAUCGUGGCUGGUACCGUGUCACAAAUACAGCAAGUUAUUGACGCCGGCCUAAUGCCACCGAUCAUUGAGAACUUGUGGAGCGGCGACUUUGUAAUCCAGCGCGAAGCCGCCUAUGUAAUCAGCAAUCUAUGCAGCAAUGGCUCACGUGAGCAAGUGAAUAGCAUCAUUUAUGAAUUGCAAUAUUUCCACUAUAAUAUUUAUAUUUUAUAA